AUGGCAAAAGUCCACACGCCACGAAACAAGGAUCUUGCACCGGGUAUCGGAAGGUACAGCAGAUCGGCCAUAUACAAAAAGAGGGCUCUGUACAAGAGGAAAAAGACUGGAGUAAAGAAGGAAGUGACCGAGGAAGCGAAAACUCGAGUCAAAGAGGUUGGAGGAGAUAAAAAUGGAGGUACAAGAGUUGUCCCUGUUAAGAGAGAGGUAUGCUAUUGAAGUUAUCAAUGCACCUUUUUCAAUGAUUUAACAGAUAGUAUAGACAGAUAUUUCACCUGUUGUAUGUGAUGUCUUGAUACUCAUUGUCCAUCCCCCUGGGGGGUGACCCAAGGCAAGGGAGGGGACUUUGUGAAGGACCCAGUGAAAGUGCUUAAAUUCCCCCUCCUUAAUAGGGGCACAGAGCAAUCAAAGUUAACAAAUUCAAUGUAUCAAAGAUAUUCAAAAUAACCUUGAGAUGCCAUUAUUAUGACCCAGCAUCUCCGAUAAUCAGACUGUCCAACCAUCACAAUCUUGUCGGAUUCUUCCAAUUUUGCUUGAAAAUCCUGAAUCCAGACUAACAUGUGAUCAGAAUAGGAAAAAUCCCGAUUUUGACAUUUGUUUUAAAAUUUUCAAAUGAAUUCUUAUGAUAAAUACACAAGGACAUCUAACAGAGUGUACUUAACUGUCAUGUAAUGUUGAGCACUGUCAUGUGACACAUUACCAUUUUCAUUGUAUCUUUGCAUGUGAAUACAGGAAGGAUUAGAUAACCAUCGUUCCUAACUUGUGGCUUUGAAUUGUUGAGAAUUUUUCCUGGUAAACAACCUCCCAUUAAUAGGCAGAGGUUGCUUACCUGGGGAAAACCAUUUUUUCAGUGUGUAUCGUUUAUUUCUUCUGUAGUCUCGCUAUUACCCAACAGAAGAUGUAAAACAACCCCUGAAGAACCGCCGAAAGGCCAAGCUCACUAAGUUGAGGUCGUCUAUCACUCCUGGGACCAUUCUUGUGCUAUUGGCUGGUCGUCACAGAGGCAAGGUUAGCAUAUAGGCAAGGCCACACCAUUCACAUAAUCAAGAAGCUGUUGAGUCAUUAAAUAUCCUGACAUUCUUGUUAUGUGCUCUGGAAAAUAUUAUUUUAAGGGCCAGUGUCAUUUACUUGGGUGUUUGUACUAAUGAAAAUCCCUAGAGUGAUUAUGGCAGAAUAGUAAAAAUACGCACAUUGUCAUCAUCAUAAACUUUGUUUAAAAGUCUAAUCUUCAAUCAUGUAAUAAGAGACCCACCAAUGGGUCUUAAACAAGUUAACAAAUUAAUGUAUUUAGACUUGCAUAUGGCUUUAAUGGACUCCCCUUUUCUGAUACAUUUCAUUUGCUUUUGUCCUUUUCUAAAACACAGCAUGACAGUUGUGUGUAAUAUAAAGGUGGUCCGUGGUCGAAAAACUCAAAAGUUACUAUUACUUUGACUUGCACACAGGAGAAAAAUGUAUUAGGGUUGUCAUUAAGAGCCGGGGGCCGGGGAUUUUCUCCGGCUACUUUUAUUGGAAAAUAGAAGAAAAAUAGAACCAAGAGAAAUCCCUAACCGUUUGAUUCCCCGCCUACUUGUUGUAUUUACCCGGCAACUUGAAAUCUUAGUGACAACCCUGAUGUAUGCAAUGCUUAUAAAGAGAUUUGUCCAAUUAUAAUCAAUUGAUUGGUCAGGACAAUCUGAUUAUUUCUGAUUAUCAAUCUCUUUCAUACAAUGUAGCAGGGUAGGGUCAUAGCACUUUAGCAGGGUCAUUCAAAAAUGAGAAAAAUUUAAAAAAAAAAAUUGUUUCUUUUUGCAGAGGGUUGUCUUUCUCAAACAACUUGCUUCUGGCCUUCUUCUUGUUACAGGUAACAUUUGCAUGUUUUACACUUCUGUUUUGUUUCUCUAAUAAGCAUUUUCUCCCUUUGCCAAACGUUAGCCCGGUGAGGGGCAGGUACCUCUAAUUUAAGAAUUUUUGGGUGGGGAUGUGCUGCUGGGACCCUGGAACCCUUAGCCUACACCAGAGCUAGUUCAGCUGAAUUUUGCUAUGCUAUGCUGGACUAAACUCCCCAAUCCCCCCAGCCUCCCCCACUAUCCUAGAGUAGCUUUUUUGGCUGAGUUGCAUAAAAUCAUGGUAGACGAACAGUGGUAGAGGGAUAUGUUUGUUAGAACUGGAAGAGUGUUUCAGUUCGGCUUUUACCAUCAAAUCCUUGCUUUCCCUAGCCUGCAUUUCAAGCAUUUCUGUGUGAGUUUGUUGAGAACGCUUGGACAUGUAACUGUAUUGGAAAUGAUUGCUACAGGGUAUGCCUUUCCUGAAAUCUGCCAUGCAAUUCAUGUUACACCAAGGCAAACCCACAUAUAGCUUGACGCUUACCCUGGACCAAAGACUGGUUUCUUUUAGCUUUGUACUUUGGUCCUAAGUUGAACUUGCGUACAAAGCCGAUGUUAGUAAAACAGGACAAUAGAAGAAGAAAAAGUUAAAGCCGAGUGUCACUAGGGUCAAUGCAACAUAUGUAUUUCUAGUCAGCAUUAGGCUCAGGAUAUAUAGAGGGUAUUACAUGGCCGCGCGGAGAUACGAAAUUUCUCUUCGAGUGUUGAAAAAUAUUUCACAAGUGAGCGCAGCGAACGAGUGAAAUAUUUUUUCAACACGAUUUGUUAUAUAAAGUGAAGUUUGACAUUUAAUCCAUUUGUAUUCCAUUCUAAUGAACUUUGCAUUGAUUUUUUAGGACCCUACAAGGUGAACGGUGUCCCUCUUAGGCGAAUUUCCCAAGCUUAUGUAAUUGCUACGAACACUAAAAUAGAUUUGGGCAACUUCAAGCUUCCUGAACGCCUGACUGACGAUUUCUUCAAACGCGAGGCGAGGAAGAAGAAACGCUCAGAGGACAUGUUUGAAGAUGUUCAGGAGGUACUUUAACUUGUCAGUCCAGUCCAUUUUGUUUAGUAUUACCAAUUACUUACCCUUAUUCAGGACAGAACUUGUCAUUAGAGAAUAAAAUACAUGUUGUAAAAUACCAAAAUCAUGGCUUCAUGACAAACAAAUAUGUGUCUUAAGCAUUGUGAUAAAAGUUGCAAUCAACUGAGAAAAAGGCGAACAAGUUUCAAAAACCCCAACUGUAAUCUUGUUAAAGAUCAUAAAUGUCGUCUUUUGUAUUUGUUGUGUUAUUUAACCCUUUAAGUCCCAGUAGUGACCAAGAUCAAUUAUCUCCUAACAUUAUCCAUACACUCUCAAGAGAUAAGUUAUGAGAAUUAAUAAAAUGAUCACCCUGGAUAGAAAAAAUUGUGGCAGAUCUUAAAAUAGUGUGGUGAUCAACACAAAAACACUCCCCUCCUGCAGUUGACUAGCUCACAUGCGCAUGCUUCUCAUGUAGCUCCCCUGUGGCUGGGACUGACAGCAAUGUAGAACUUAGACUAAAUUGCAUAAAGCUUUCAUAUUCAUAACUUUCAUAACUGGUUCUGUUUCAGGAGAGGAAACCAAGUGAGGAGCGUGUAGAAGACCAAAAGACAGUGGAUGAGCAAAUACUUCCUGAGAUCUCCAAGGUGCCACACCUCAAGAAGUACUUGAAGACUUUGUUUUCACUAAGAAAGGGGCAGUACCCUCACUUGAUGAAAUUCUGA